GAUACACAAUAUGUACACAGAGCUGAUGAAUUCGAAUUCAGCGAUUUGACUUCUUAGGUUACCUAGCUUGAAUUGCCGGUACAAAGACGUUUAGACUGCAUUUCAUGUAUCCUUGACUUCGUUAGGUGGGAGUGAGAAUCUGUCUUAGCCAAGGUGCUUAUGAUUUUUAGAUGUGUUCCUUCUUAGAAGAUGUUAUGAUGAUGUUUAUCACAGACUACUCAUGAUUGGUGUAAUGGAGAAAACCCUGGAGGAAGCUGCUCUUGAGAAGGAGGAGGUCUCUGUUCCAAAGCAAAAGAAGGCAGAAGUCAAGACACCCUCCAUAACAAACUUCUUUAAACCACCAAGCAAACCUACCCCACAGACAGAGGAAAGCAAGCCAACAGACCUAAGAAAUUACUUUCAAGUGACCAAGAAAAAUGUUGUCCCAGAUCAGCCUAAAAUCUCUAGUGAUCAAAACUGUCAGGAAGAUUCUUCCCUGAAAGUUGAAAAAGCAAAUGCUAUUGAGGAUGGUGACAGUAAACUGAAAAGGAAUAAACGGGGAGGAGAAGUUAAACAAGUAUGCAAGAAGCCUAAGAAACACAAAUCAGAUUCCAAUCUUAAAAGUGAUGAUGAAGACAGGGAUUUUGAGUCACCGCCCAAGAACAGGAGAAAGAGAAAAUCUAGACUAGAUUCAGAUUCCAUAGCUGAUUUUAUUGAUAGUGAAGACUCUAAGCAAGGUCAUGACUUGUCAGAGAAUGGAAGCUUGCAACCUCUUACAGGCCAAGAUGAGAUGGAAGUCUCUGAAUCAGAUGGUACUGAGAUGCCUUGCAAUGGGGAAGAUGCACAGAACACCAGUACAAUAGUAUCUUAUGAAGAUUUCUUGAGAAACUCUAUGGAAGAUGAGGAUAAUAAAGAAAGUGAAAUUGAGAAUGAGACCAAAGAUGUUGUUGAAAGUGUUCCAAAAGAAGUUGACCAUCCACCAGAUUCAAUCAUGCUUACACCUCCCGACUCUCGAUGUUCUCAAGAAAGUCCCACUGGGGACCAGCUGGCUACACCACCUGCCAAUCAGCAUACAAUGAAGGAAGAGGAAGCCAAUGAUAGUGACACCUGCCUUCGUAAAUUCAUCACCGUCAAAGCUCAGGUGCACAGUCCCCUUGAUGGGAGAGACAAAGACUCUUCUCCUAGUGCCUCACAGAUGCUGAAUUCUGAGACGGAUUCCAGGAAAACAGGGUUUGGUCCACGCAGGUUGAUAUCUAACGUCUGUGUACCUGACUCAAGUCCAGAACUCAGAUUGAUAUCUAUAGAGACAAAAGAUGAACCUAAGAAAACAGGACCAGUGUAUAACAUUUUCCAGCCAAAAGCUACAGGUUUUAAGAAAGAUGUAACCAAGAAAGAGCUAACCAAGAAGGAAUCUACCAAGGAGGAAGCUACCAAGGAGAAUAAACAAGAACAAUCUGGGCAUGUGAAAGACUUGACCAAAGAGAAGGUCAAGGACAAUGGUGAAGAUGAUACAGAAAAGAGAACAAUGGAGAAGCAAAAAGAAUUACCUGACAAACCAGAUGUUGUGAAAACACAGGAUGUGGAUGAUAAUAUUGCAAAGGGGAAGAAAGAGAAGGAAGGGACUAUAAAGAAGGAUUCGUUGACUGCGAAAAACAAGAAAUUGAAAAGGAGUAAGAAGGUAGCAGUAGCCAGAAAGGACAGGGAGUCACAGGAAAGUCCUCUUGCUUCAAAGCCAAGCUCAAAUUCAAAGUCUUUUGUGGGGGAAAAAGAGACAAAGGAAGAUUCAUUGAUACCUCCAAGACGUGUUCUGAGAGCCAGAGUUUCCAAGGCAUCCACUGAUGCAGAUUCUAGCCUGGAAGAGUUUGAGGAUGUCCAACCGCUGAAGACCAAAGCCAAUAAACAAACUAAGAAAGCUACACCGAGUUCCAAUAAAACAUCUGUGAAGGCAGAGGUAAAAGAUAAGAAGAGAGGAUCAGAGAGAUCAAAGACUGAGCACCAAAAGUUCAAGUCCUCCUUGAUGUCAGGGGGUAAAGGUCAAGGUCCCAUCAGACUGAAGCUGACUGCCAUCAAAGCAUCACCAAAGAAGAACAGCAAGGUUACCAAAGCUCAACAGCUCCUACAGAAAGCCAAGAAGGGACAUCAGACUACUCUGGUUUCUAAAACACUACUGUCAAGACAACUUGUGAAGAAGAAGAAUACCCAAACAACGUUUCCUCACUCAAAGUCAACGGCGGUAUCAUCUAAGGCUGAGAAAGCUUACUCUUUGAAUAAGAAAGGCAAGAUGGAGGAAACUAAAGAGAAACCUGCGAAGAAGUCUGAGAAGAAGGUUGGAGGUGGUGCACAGACGCCACGGAGGAGAUCUAGCUCAAGGAAUAAACCAAAGACACCACCUAAACCUGCUGCCAAACUAGCCCCAAUCUUCACCAAGCAAGGCCAGCUAGCUGCUGCCAAGAAGUUUAAGCAAGAUAGUAUCCUGGCUGCCAUAGCUGAAUCCUUACCAGUAGAUGAAGCCAGUAGAGACAGUCUGAUAGACUCCAAGGAGACCAUGAGUGACCUCAGUGGACCAGGGUUAGGGUUCAACAUGCUGGAGCAGCUCAAAAUGAAGCCCACGCUAACACAGAAGGAUGCCAGUAUGCAGCUUAUCAAAGCCUGCCAUGUUUUGCAAAAGGAUGAUACCAAUCCAUUAUGGAAGCUACCCUGUCCUGGACUUGGCAACUGGAAGCUGAAAGAUGACCUUGAAGCAAAACCACAGAUCAGCCAAGACAUGAAAUUAGCUCCAUCAUCUGUCUCAUCUCCAUCCAUUAGUUGUAAGUUCAAGCUCUUUGAAGGACAUCCACCAGUCAGUGAAUCCGAUAAGAAAGCUGUCAUGGAUGAAAUCCUCCGAGCCAACCCUAAGUUCCCUAUUCAAAAGAUCUUCAAGAUGUAUCAGGCAAAGAAAAAUGGAGAAACACAGAAGAAAGACAAAGACAAUUCUGAUGUUCAAGCAAGUGACCAGGGUACUCAAGAAGCAGCCGCUAGCUCAGAGAGUGUACCAACCAUGAAAAGCUCCAAGCUUUCAAGAGGCAAGCGAAAAGCGGAAGAUAAAAACGAUGACGACAACGCAAGAAGAAAGAUAGCAAGGCGUAGUGGGACCCGAGGGUGUGCUGGGAGAUCUCUUGAGGCUGGUUUAGAUGGUGAGCCAGCAGAGGAGGUAGGAGAUGCAGAGGAGAGGUCUUUGAGGAGGUCAUCCAGGAGGAGCAGUAGAAGGGUGUCAAGAGAAGUGGAAGAGAGGAAGGAUGGAGAUGGGAAAGGAGAAGAGGAGCAGAAAGCAGAGAAGGAUGGAAAGAAAGAUACAGUAGUGGAAGAGAGCCGAGAAGAGAAGCGACGAGCUGGGUUACUGUGGACUGAGAAGUAUCAGCCGACUGCCGUUUCUGAAAUGAUUGGUAACACUGCUCUCUGUAGGAAGUUUAGCUCGUGGUUGACGGAAUGGAAGAAGAAGACACUGAGAAUGAAAGAGAAGACACGGAAUGCACAAAGGAAGGACAAGAGAAAAUCUAAAGGUUCUCGGAGGAUCGAGAGUGAUGAUGAGAGUGAUGAUGACUUCUGUUGUAGUGAUAUCGAAGACAGUGAUGAGGAGGAUGGAUUAUGUAACACCAUUCUGCUUUCUGGACCACACGGAGUAGGAAAGACAUCCCUUGUCUAUGCUUGUGCACAGGAGCUAGGAUUUGAGGUGUUUGAGGUGAAUGCGUCAUCCCGUCGCAAUGGCCGACAGAUCUUAGCAGAGCUUGGAGAAGGCACUCAGUCACAUCAGGUUGCUAGGCAACCAGGCUUAUCCUCCACCAGGUUCUUUAAUCAAUUUCCAAGCAAGUCUGUCUCUACCAAGCCUGCCUCACCCAAGAAGAAGAAGAAACCAGCCCUUCCCAAAGCCUUCGCUGGUUUCGUCAAGAUUGGGAGCUCCUCUAGCUCGAGUACCAAAAGAUCUCCAGUCAAGAAAGCAAGUGUGAAGAAGUCUCCUAAGAAAGCCAUCAAACAGUCACCCAUCAAGAAGAUCUCCUCAUCCCAGCCACCUGGAUCUCAAGCAGCCAGCACCAAACCUAAGAUCACUUCAACAUCACUUAUCCUCUUUGAUGAGGUUGAUAUAAUAUUUGAAGAAGACAAAGGAUUCCUGUCCACUGUGAUGUCAUUCAUGGAGAGCAGUAAAAGACCCAUUGUCCUUACAACAUCAGAUCCAAGGUUUUCAUUCAGUUUAACUUCUAGAUAUGAUGAGCUGACAUUCAAACCCCCACCAUUGAACCCAUUGGUUAGUCACCUAAAGCUGCUGUGCCUCGCUGAAGAUGUUCCCAUCUCACAUCAAGACCUGAGAUUGGUUGCCGAGUUCUUUGACCGUGACAUUAGACGAUGCCUGCAACAUCUCCAGUUCUGGGUGAGUUCUGGAGCGACGCCCAGGAGUGAUUCAAUCCAGCUGGGACCAGAUGGGGAGGAGGAUGAUAAGAGAGAACACAUGAUAGAUGCUCCAAGAGAGAGAAUAUCGCAAGGAAAGCCGGUGUCUCAAUCGGCCACUAGUGAAAUGGACACAAGUGAUGUGGGUGGGGAUGAGACCAGGGUGGGUGGAGCCAUAGUGGAGCUAACGCAAGAACUGAUAGAUCUAGAGACAAAGAUUAUAGCGGUUGGGGAGUACUACUCCAUGAAGGGGUACAAACCCCAGGAUGUGCUGAAGAUGAUGGAUGAAAUGGGACUGACGAGCGAGAAGGAGACACCCAAAGACAAUGAAACCAACAGUAUUCAAGAGAGCUUAGGACAACACAGUUUUAGGACAGGUCUUGGGAACUAUUGUGGACUUUUUGAGAGCAUUGCUGGACUUGGAAAUGUUGCAGGUCCUGUGAUAGACUCAUUACAUCUUUUGAAGAGGUUAGAUGAUCCUGUCAUACUAGCAUCCAUUCUCCGAGCAUUCCAUGAUCUUAGAAUCGAUGCUGUCCACUGUAACCUACCUCAAAUCAUCUCUUCAAUUACUACCUCCAAAGACACCAAAGCAAGCUAUGCAUCCCUCUCGUCCAAUGAGAAAUCAUCUAGCGAGUCAGCUGACCAUGAACUGACCGAAAAUGAGAAAAAGAAGUCAUCUAAACUCGGUGGUGAUCUGAUGAAUAUCAUGGCGGAGCAUGCAGACAGGAUGUCAGAGAUGGAUACAAUGCUCCUCCACAGUCAGCAACAAGACAGUCAUCUCAAUCGCUAUGGUAACAAUGAAUGGUGGCAUCCACUGCUCAUGCCUGGGUUGAUUGACAGUGAGGAUUGGAUAGGAGAUGAUUAUGAACAGGUAGAUGUCAGGCACUGUGAUUCAAGAGGUGAGGUCAACAUAGUGGAUAUGAACUGCUGCUUAGAGGCGAUGAGUCUGAGGGAUUGUGUGAAGAGGUGUAGAAGAACGGUUGCUGAAGCAAGGCAGGAUGAAACAAGAUGGGAGGAGAUUCAACGUAGCGUCUUACCAUCGGACCAUGAAGCCCUUCUACGCAUCAAGGCCAUCACAUCUGAAGCAACAUUGAGAGAAACAAACUCUUCGGUGGUACGCAGACUUCCAGACCACUUGUAUACUAACCACUCAGCCUUGACGUUAGACUACCUGCCUAUGCUCAGAGGGAUCUGUCGUUAUGAGGAACUCAGGAAGGAAGCUAACCUCAAGAGAAGAUUCUUCCAUUAUCUGGACAGCAUAUCAUUCUGUUUGAAGCCAGUAACACACCUCAGUCUAGCUAGUAUUCUCAAUCCAACCCAGCAUCCUUAGCUGUAAGCAUUCAAUCCGUAACACACCUCAGUCUAGCUACUAUUCUCAAUCCAACCCAGCGUCAUUAGCUGUAAGCAUUCAAUCAGUAACACACCUCAGUCUCGCUAGUAUUCUCAAUCCAACCCAGCGUCCUUAGCUGUAAGCAUUCAAUCCGUAACACACCUCAGUCUAGCUACUAUUCUCAAUCCAACCCAGCGUCAUUAGCUGUAAGCAUUCAAUCAGUAACACACCUCAGUCUAGCUAGUAUUCUCAAUCCAACCCAGUGUCCUUAGCUGUAAGCAUUCAAUCAGUAACACACCUCAGUCUAGCUAGUAUUCUCAAUCCAACCCAGUGUCCUUAGCUGUAAGCAUUCAAUCAGUAACACACCUCAGUCUAGCUACUAUUCUCAAUCCAACCCAGCAUCCUUAGCUGUAAGCAUUCAAUCAGUAACACACCUCAGUCUAGCUAGUAUUCUCAAUCCAACCCAGCAUCCUUAGCUGUAAGCAUUCAAUCAGUAACACACCUCAGUCUUGCUAGUAUUCUCAAUCCAACCCUGCAUCCUUAGCCGUAAGCAUUCUGUCCUUACGGAAGCCAGUACCACACAUAAGACUUGCUAGUAUUCUAAAUCCAAAACAGUGCCUCAACAUCUUGAAAUCUCUGUGAAGCCACUAUUCAUUUGGUCAAUUUAGUGUCGUUUCAGCUGUAAGCAUUACAUAUGAAACCAGUUUGAAACCGUAUAUAAUAUAUUUAUUUGACCCCAAGCAACGUCAUCAUUUUUAGAUAGCAUGGUAUUGAUCAUACAUUGCUGUUAUGGUACAUAUUUAUUUUUCAAAACUGGAUAACAUUCCAACAUUGUCAUGAAUUGAAUGAGAUAAAAUUCUCUUUUAAUUCUUGGUGAGAAGUGUAUUAACAGUGAUUGAACUGUACUGAAUGUAUCUAUGCAAUUACAAUUCUGUGUAUUGCUCUUAUGCAUAUUGAAUAUGUAUUGUGAUCAAUCAAAAUAUAAGUUAUUCUUCUAUUAUCAAUUUGCACCAUAUGUCAAUUACCAUGAUUACAGUAUUCUGAGAAGCUUUGAUAAUGUUAUCCACCUAUAUCUUCAUUUGACUCAGCAUCUCUGUGGAACUAUAUCUAGUUAGUUGCUAAUUACUUACAAGCUAAAACAUGCUUUCUUUGCAGUGGUGUAAAAACAAACCAUCACAUCUAGGAGUAUGCAACUGUUCAUGUAAUUGUGUCAAGCUAUUCAACUUUUGAUUGCAAGUAUUGUGAUAUGGAAUUCUUAUUUAUGUGAUUGUCCUAAGCAAGCAUAAAGCAUACAUGUAGCACAUCACACACUAUCCUUUAAACAUGGUCAUAUUGAGGUGUGUUAGAUCAAAAUUCAAUUGCUACUUAAGGUGAGUGUGGUAUUCCUCACAGCAAAUUGGCAAAUGUAACUUUGCUAUCGACUAGAUGACUUGCAAUUGAUUUUGAUCCAGCAAAACUCCUUUUAAAAAUAAAUGGGGGACUGAACUUUUUCUAUGAUUAUUUUUGUAUUGUGUUAUUGUCACUUUUUGCAUUUGAUUACAUGUUAUGUACCACAUUCUAUGUGUAUUUGGUCAUGUUCUUGAUAAAAUAUUUUGCAGCAUGAGUUUAAGGUCACCUCCUUCUUGUGGUAUACAUGGAUAUCGCACUGAUUUUUUCACCUUGGGUUUAAUAUUAUGCAGGCUGUUGAGUUUGAUGUGAUUUAGGGUGCACAUCGAUCUUCAUCAUGUCUGCCUCUAAGUCUUUUCUCUGUAAGAAAUUUGGACUUUUAGUGCAUAAUAAUAGGAUUGUUAUCAUCUGUUUAUCUUUAAAUAACUGAAAACAAUUCCAUAUAUAAUUUUUUUUUCUUCAUACAUUGCUGGCCACAUUGAUGUCUGAGGUUUAUUAUUGUGAACUGCUUGUUUGACCUUUAUGUCCAGAAAGUCAAAAAUGUAAUGUAAGCAAUGUACAUGACUACAUGUGAAACUAAAUUAUUCAUACCCUCAACAAGUUUUGUAAUUUUGUAAGUAUAUGAAAAAUUGAUUUGUUCUGAUUUGUGUUUCUUGAAAAAUUGACAUGUUAAAGCUCACAUCUAGGAGUAUUCACCAAAGGCCCUAAUGCAACCAGUCCACCUUUCACCUUUGAGUUACGAAAAACAAACACAAAACAUCAAAUUUACAAGGGGUAUGACUAAUUUAGUGGUUAACAGUACAUGUACCCAGCGUGAGACACAACCCACCCAUCAUUCUCGUUUGCUGUGUGCUUUAGAUCUUUUUUAAGUAGGGCAUUUCAUUAUUUUCCAACGUUUACUUUCUUUGUGCUAAACAUAUGAUUAGAUAAAUUAUAAUAAGUGGAACAACAAAAGAAGUCAACAAAUGGGGCAUUAUCUUGUCUGACUGAUAUUUGUAGAAUGAUAAACAAGAAAUUAUAUUACCUACAUGUACAUAGUAAUUGCAAACUAUUGUGUAUUCUUAUUAGCUAAAAAGAAGCUAGUAAUUUAUCUUGAGGAAGAGUUGAUGUACAUUGAGAAAGAUUUUUAUGUAUUUGUAGAUAUAAAGAAGAGAGGGAUAAUCAUGGUACAGUAUGUAAAAACAAGAUGUUAGAAGAAAUGUGCAUGUACUUCUUGAUAACUGUUUUUGUGCAUGUACAUGUAUGUACCUGCUGAAUAUUCUUAUAUUUUGUACAUUUUCAUAUCUAAUAAAAUAUUUGAGACAAAAAAUGUA